UGCACUCGGCUCGACCGUUGGUCGGGGACGCGACGCGCGGCCACGAGUUCCCGGGGCUGUGAUUGGGCAGUAACGGGGAGGCUCGCCCCCGAAGUGGGCAGUAACGGGGAGGCUCGCCCCCGUAGUAGCGGUCCGGGCUUCGCUCGCUGGCGAUGGCAAGUCGCUGAAGCGGUCACGCAGUUCCCACCAGCACCAUGUUCCGGAGACCCAGGCCGAGCUCGGUGAUCAGCUGUUUGAUUCUCUUGUUGUUCGAGAGUGCAGCAGCCAAAAAGUACUGCUGGUUUGUGAAUGCAGGAUAUCCCACUUAUUUUACGUGCCGUGCAUACGAGGACUGUUGUGGUACGAAAUGCUGUAUGCGAGCAUUCUCUAUUCAACGAUUAUGGUAUUUUUGGUUUCUAUUGAUGAUGGGUGUCUUGUUUUGUUGUGGCGCUGGUUUUUUUAUCCGAAGACGACUACAUCCUCCUCAGCUGACUACUGACCCUCCAUUUACAGUGGGCUUCACUCGGCAACCUGUUAACACGAGUGGAUUUCAGACCACAGGGAGCAACCAGACUGGAAUGCAAUAUUACACAGAACCUGGAGCACCUGUUGUUAAUCCCAUUGCCUCAACCUAUCAAAUUCAGCCAAAUUUUCCUCUACUCAACCCAGCCUACCCACCCCCGCCAGCCUACUGCAAUCAGCCACCCCCUCCAUACGAGCAAGUUGUUAAAACAUCAAAUAAGGAAGUUCCCGCUUGAACCUCACGUAAAGGGAAAGUCCGUGCUCCUGGCCUAUUUAGAUGAAUCAAUAUAUGUAAUAGCUUUCAUAUGUUACUUAAGUAGUUUUCUGUAAAAUGAAGUAUCAUGCUUUCUAAACUUUUUAAACACCUCCAUAUUUGCCAAUCUGAUUGAAGGAUCAACUUUUUGAAUCUUUCAUUCUUUCUCCAGUUGCUCUAAGAUUUUUAACUUACUACUGUAAACACUUUUGUACUGACUGUGCACUCUCAGUAUAGUUAAUGUGUUAACAUGAUACACUUGCUCAUUUUUCUCCUCUUGACGGGGAUACUGUUUACAUAAAUAAUUGUGUUUCCUUUUGAUGAAAUCCAGUGAACCUUGCAUAAAAUGUUUCUCCUGAAAUUUGUGUAAUGUUGACAAUUUUUCUCCAGCCACAGAAUUUCUACCUGUACCAUUUUAUCUGCUUUACUUUUCAUUGUUAGUUGAGUACUCUUCAAACAAUUUUUGGCCGAUCUAAUUGGUUUAUCAAGUUUUCUUUAAUCAAUUCACUGAUCCUCUGACCUAACGUCCAGAUAUCAGUUGAAAGGGAUAGAAUCCUACAAGCUCAUCAGGAGUGUUCCUAAUGACAAAGAGUAACAAUGGUAAUGUUUAUCCCAUUUAUUAGGAUAUGGCUGACAAUAUUCUGUAGUUAUGGUCUUCAAACUGUGAUGCUACUUUUCCAGGAUUCUUUGAGAUUGUAAAUGAUAAGUGAAGAUGUAAAUUGUUUUGGUUCCAAACUAUUCAUUAUUUCUUAUUCUCAUUUGAAGUAUUUGUGACACUGUUUUAACCUUGAUCUGAUUGUAUUUCCUUGGGCAAUCUGUAUCUUUAAAAAAAAUAAACUAACUUUUCCACUA